CUUCACAACUCAUCCAUCAUCAAUACUACAAGUCACGAAUCUACAUCUCUUUUAACAUUUCCUAAUGAACUCUUAUUAUUAUUAUUUGAAAGCUUGGAUAUUUCAACGAUUCUUUCGCUAAGCGAUGUUUGCAAUCGAUUUUUGUCUAUUGGUCAAGUUUGCUUAGCAAAAAAACUUAAAGAUUUAAAUCUUGGGCUAUCACUGAUUUUUGACCAAGAAUAUCGACAGAUACAUAAUGUGGAAUUUGCACUUGAACAAUUUGAAUUAGAAAGUGGAAGAUUCAUUUUUACACCGAAAAAAUCAAAGGUUAUAAGAUUCAUUCAUUCUCGUAUGACCAUGAGCCCAAAGUUACGUAGAGUCAUAUUUACUGGAAUUGACAACUCUGAUUAUAAAAAUUUUAUUCAAAAAUCAUGUACAUUAUCAAUAGAGUCAAAUGAUUCAAUAUUACAAAAAAUUUCAACUGUAUACCGAAUAGGUCGUGGUUUAACUCAUUUAAAAUCACAAUUUAGAUUUACAUAUUCAAUAAGUGACAUUCCGCCCCUAUCGACAGUUAAAACUCGACGUGGUGAACGGUGGUUCACACCUAUACGAUUCGAAUGUUUAUCUUGUUUCUUUUAUCCUCACGAACCUAUCGCACGUAAAAUAAUUAGGGACAUUAUUCAUUUCAAGAGAAGAAAUAAUCAAACAAAGAAAAACAAUUCGAAAUCACGAGAUCUGAGCGAGAUUAGUUUAAGUAAUACUGAAACAAUACAUGCUAUUAACGAACAAAAACCAUUUAGAAAAAAAUUUUACCACGGUGCCCGAGGAUAA